GGGCAGUUGAGAGUCAGUUCAAAGCAGUGGGUUAUAGAAGGGGCAGUUGGGCAACUAACUAUUCAGUUUAGGAUCAGUUGUCUAGUUGUCAUUUUUGUAAUAAUGAAGGGGUACAGUAAAGAAGCAUAUAAGAUAAAGAGAAUUUGAGGCCAUAAGCUCAGGUACACACAUCAUCCUACAAUCACUUAGUGAAUCAUCCAUACAGUCUCCUUUAGUGAGGGUGCAGUACCUAGGAUCUGAACCAAACAUUGAUAUUUUCUUUUCUAGUUUCAUAGGUUUAUGUUCUGGUUCUAAUGAUGUAAUAGGGGUGGGGGCUCUUUAAAUACUGGGGGCAGCCAUACACUCCUUUCCUUCUUUUUAAAAAAUAAUAAUUUCCCCUUGUUUUCAAAAGCACAUGUAUUGUCUCUUUCUUCAGGUUCUUCAGUUACAUUUUUUGUGAGACAUCGGUGUUAUAUGCAGUAUAGAGUUGGGAAGAAAAGAGGGGAGGGGAGUGAACCCAACCCUCCUUCUGGGCACUCCACUGCUUUAGGCAGCUUUAUUAUCACCCAGUUCUGAAACCAGAACUGAACCAAGCAAGAAGAGAGAAGGGAAGAGACGGGGGGGGGGAUUGCCUUCCUCUCUGCACGUUUCUUUUGUAACCCCUCCAUCCCUUAUGUAAACUGGCAAACGUGCUUAAACAUGGUCCUCGCUUUGAAGCCUCUCUGAACAAAGUGGUCCCGACUUCUGAGACAAUAUGCAUAUCUUCUCAUUUUAGAAAGCAAUAGUUCUCUUUAUCCCCAAUGUCAAAAUCCUAAGAACCACAGCCAGCCAGCCAUUUUAAAAACAGGCUAGAGGGUUUCCCUUUCUCUUCAAUAUGGCCAUUCUUACAGAAAGUGAUAUAACAGAUAAAAGGGGUGGUUGAUGAGCACAAAGGCACUGCCUAAACUAUUCAAAACUGUCUUCCCCCUGUAUGUUCAACAGUCACAACUGGGUUAUAAGAAACAGAUGUACAGUACAGUGCAAUUGCAUGAAGGUUUGCUGAAAGGUAAGUCCUAUUGAGUUCAAUAGUACUUACCAUAUGGUUCUGAGAAACUAUUCUGUUCUUGCUGACUCCUCUCUGGAAGAGAUCUUACAAUUUCCUUACCAGGUCUGGAAACUGGUAGAAUUGCUGUAGCCAUCCCAACGUUAUAGUCUUCUUCUCAAAGUUCUGCUUAUUUUUCAAUGAGGUUGCAUGUUCAUGUCUAGUAACUUUGCAUCAUUUAUUCAGUUGUCAAUUUUGAACCUGAUUUUUAUGUAUAGGUCACAUCACUUCAAAUUUCCUCACUGUGUAGAUGUCAUGAGCAGGCUGUCUAUACCAUUAUAUACCAGUUCAUUUGAGAAAUUCUAUCCCAGGAAAGAAUUUUCUACAAAUUAUCUUCCUUGCCUGCAGAUGUUCCUUUCAAAGUAUAUUUGGCUCUUGUCUGCAGGUGUCCUGUAAUCUGGAUAUCCUCAACAGUGGGCAUUAAUGUAGAGUGUGGGAUACAAUUCUUUAAAGUGCAUAGUAGAACAAAGCAUUGGGCUCAGUUUUCUGUGGAGCCCCUAUAUCCCUAUGGUUCUCUUCAGACAGCACCACCUCCAUAAUCAUUAUCACCACUCUUUUAUACCCAAUGCUUUCAGCAUGUCUUUUUCAGUAGUUUAUCUGCAAGCAUUUGUGUUUUAAUAGAAACUCAAUGUUUGACUACAUAGCAUGUGAGGACUUUGCACAACAGUCUAUGCACAGCCCUGCAUCUGAGGAAUAGCCUAACUACACCACAUGUUCAACUUAAUUCAGUGCUAUCGUUUGUAAUUAAAUGAGCAAGCUUGUCUUUAUAGAGAGAGUUAAUUUCCACUCAUGGAGAUAAUCACACAACAUUAGGGUUUUAAUCCAAUCAAGAGACUUUAAGGUACAUAGGCAAGCUUUUCAAGCCUGACUGAUAAAUCUUCCUUUAAAUCUUGAGUUUGGAAGCACACCGUUAUCAAGUUGAAAACCAGACUCUUAAAAAUGUCUGUUGCCUUUCAAAAUGUUCUGUUGCUGUGGAUAGUUCUAAAACAUGAGUCACACAAUUCAGAGUCACACAAUAUGAUACUGUGGUGCCUGAGGCAGUCAAUGAUUCCUCCUGUUUCAUGUACAAAAGCCACCCAGACUGGCAGCCGACUCUACAUCAACACCGGUGACAGACCACCACCACACGUAAGGGCAGCAGGCUAGCUUAGGUGUCCCAGUUCACACAAUUCUUUUUUAUCUCUGGCCCUCACUAUGCCACCUGAGGCAGCUGCCUCACUCUUCCUAAUGGCAGGGCCUGCACUGUUCAGAUUCGAAGUCUCAGGUACGUGUAGGAAUGAGUUUUUAAACUCCACAGAAGACAAUCAUGGGCUUAAGACACCACUCUCCUAAGGUGCCCAGUCUUAACCAUCCUUACUUUAAAGCAAGUGCCACUGCACAUGGAGAUAAUCUUUGUUGCCUACGAUUUCAGUUAUGAUUUCCCUUAUUUAUUAGUGCACUUUGCGACUUAACAUUUCACAGCGUAACAGUGAGAAUCUUUCUGUACUUGGCAACGCUCUCCCUUGCUCUUCAGGUACUUAAAAUGUCCACAAACAUGGAUUUUCGAAGUCAGGGAAAAGAUUUAAAACGUUUAACAAAUGGGCAGAGGAACAUGAGGAAGAGCGAAGGCCCCUCCUUUCUUUGGAUCUUUUUGACCGGCCUCCACCGACGGCCGGUUCCUGUCAGAAGAAGGAACCCAGGCCAGAGCCACUUAGGCCAGGAUUGGGGAACUUGCGGCCACGUAGGAACCUCCUAUUCCAAGCCAUUCCUCCAGUUAACGUAGUUCUGUAUUGCCAACACGGGCUGGCAGCAGUUUCAGGUCGCAGCUUUCCUCCAGCCCUACUCGGGUGCCACUGAGUCCCGAACCUGGCGCAUGCAAAGCAUAUGUUUUCCUAACUCCCACCAUCCUCGGGCUGAGGCCAAUGGGAAGUGGGAGCCACUGAGAGUCCCAACAGCGCCUGCAGCGCUGCCUUAGGGGUAAAGUUGAGGACUCCGCUUUCCACCUCAGAAACGCGGGGUUUUGCAUUCUGACGUGCUUAUGACGCUUGUCGGCGACGUCUCUCCAGCCCCUGAACUUUCCGAAACCCUAGCAACGACGCCGUUAACCCUUCAGCGAAGAGAAGGCGCUCCCUCAAGAACAAAAUGGCGGCAGAGCCGCUCUCUCUUCCCCCCGUCUCCUCCCCGCCCGCACACUCUCUUCUCCUCUCAAUUACGCCAUAUCCGGAGGCGGAGGCGACGCGACCGGAAGCUGGUCGCGUUUCCAAGAUGGCGACUCCCUAUGUUACUGAUGAAACCGGUGAGUGGCGGGGAGCCGCGGCUAGGAUGGGAGGGGGGCUCUCGGGUGCCGGCGUCCCCCUCCCCGCCACCGCCACCACCCUGCCUCACGCCAACCCCGACAGGUGCCUCGCCCCGCCCCACCCCCCUCCGGCCGCCGCGCUCCUCGGUUAUCCCCGACAUGACGCCCCUCCCCUUCUCCAUCCUUGCCCCGCCUUCCCCUUCCAUUCGGCUCCGCGAACACGCCCCCUCCGAAGGCCUUUCCCGCUCCUCGGUUGCGGCUUAUCCCGCGCUGCCUUCCGUUGUGGCCCCGCCCCUUUGCUGCGGUGGCCCCGCCCCCGCGGCCGUUAGAGCCGAACCUCCCCUCAGUCGCCUCAGUUCCCUCUGGCCGGAGGGCGGAGGCGGUCUCUCCUCUCCGCCUUUCGUUUAGGACCGGCGCUAUUGAGGAACAGCGAUGGGGGUUAAGCAUUGCCUGCGGCUCGCACUCUGACCCCUCCGUCCCUCUUUAUAUGAGGACAGUGAUGGUGUAUAAAUCAUGAGACCCUUAAUAUCAGGGUCCUGGGUUCGAGAGGUUCUUGCAUUGCAGGGGUUUGGACUAGAUGACCCUUCCAACUCUACAGUUAUACGGUUCUGACACUGCAUAUGGUGACUCUACCUGGUCACUCCCUCCAGUGCCGGAUUAAACCCUGCGGAGGCCUCCAGGCUGUUGAAACCUUACAAAUGAUCUCCUAAUACGUUUUUGUAAUUUUCUUUCAAGAUCGCAUCAAUGUUAUUUUGAUCGUUGUCGCAGGGCCCCUAAAAAUGCCCAUUUGGUAAUCCGGCACAGCCCUCCCUCCCCAUUAUGAACUAUGUGGAAGCAACGCAUAUAGGUUUCAAGUGCAGCUACUCCCUCCCUGCCACCCCGUAUCUUAGCUUUUCCUCACACAGGUAUCCCCUGUUAAGCCAAAUGCUGCUAGGGUUUUAAGACUGCGAGUGAUUACGGGCCUCUUUUCUCCCACACCUAAUACCAAGAGACCAGAUGCAAAGUAGGAAACUUGGAUAGUUGUGCAGAAGAUGAAAUUUCAGCAGGGAUGGAAAAAGCUGCUGCUGCUGCUGCUGCUCUUUCUCCUCUAACAAAUCAAGGUACAGAAGAAGCCGUUUCCUCAAAUACAUGUGUAGUGGCAAGGCUUCGUUUUAUUUCUGUUUGCUUACUGCAUUUAUAUCCUGCCUUUCCUCCAAAGAGCUAAAGCAGUCCCCGUGGUUGUCCUUGCCUUUAUUUUAUUCUCGCAAGAACUCUGUGAGACUGAGAGGUACUGACUGGCCUAAAGUCAGCCAGAGAACUUUGUUGUUGAGUGAGGAUUUGAACCCAGCCUCUCAUAUCCUAGUCAUGCUCAAACUGUUAUGCUGCCUAGGCUCAAGUGACUGCCUAGGCUCAUUGUGCAUCCUCUGACAGGUAAUGGUGGUGCAGUGCUUUUUGCUUUUUUCCUACAUUGCAUUAUGGUAGUUCCAAUACUCUUCCCCAUGACUUCUAGUAAAUGAAAUGAUUUGUGCGUCAGCAUAUGCUGGGUACUUGCAUAUUUCAUCUUCAAUAUGGGAUUUAAAAUACUGAACUGAUUUAUUCUCUGUGAUCCUUGCAGUAGCCCUAUAAGUGAAGUGUUAUAGAAAUGUUAAAUGUUCUGCAGCAAGAAAUCCACUUGUGGGAUAAUCAGAUGGGAUGAGCUCUAGGGAUGUUUUCACAUUAAUUUCUACCUGCAAGCCACUUCCUAAUGGGAUCAUGGUAACAUGCAAAGCUGCUAAAUAAAGUAUGGUUCAAAUAACUUGACUUGUUUGAAACUGAUGUGCCUUUUUAUGUUUUGCUUUGGAAAUGGUUUUGUAGUAAUUUAGUAAGUAUAUUAAAUAACUAUAAAACCAUUUCCAAAGCCAAUUUCCAUAGUAGAAAAAUUCCUCUCGGAGGCAGUAAAAAAUCAGAAAUCAUUAUGUAUAGACUAAAGCUGCUCUGUUGGCUAGCAAGGCUGAUUUUACACCUUAAUAACUGUUGAUAUUUAUUAAUGUGGUACUGUGCAUUUUGGGUUUAUGGGCCGCAAUAAAGCUAUGUGUGUAUAUAUCAAAUUUAGGCAUAUCUUGUCUUUUGCUUUUGCUUCUUUUAAAGGUAAUAUUAUGGUGUGAUACAGCUUAUGAAUAUUUAAAAUAAAUGAACAUUGACAGGAUUUUUUAGAACACUGAAAAGCCCGCAUGAUCACAUAGAGAUAUGUAAAGAUAGGGUAUCUUUUCACAAAUAUUUUUGAAUGUUUUAGGGAAAUACAUCGCUUCCACACAGCGUCCAGAUGGCACCUGGAGGAAACAGAGGAGGGUGAAGGAAGGCUAUGUUCCCCAAGAAGAAGUGCCCGUGUAAGUUAAACACUCAUCUUCUAACCUCUCUUUCUUUCUUUUCUUCUUUCCCCAAACAAUGCAUUGCCCUUUGAUGCAAGCAAAGGGUACAUUGUUUGGUAUCUUCCCAACAAAGGAAAUAAUGUAGAAGGAAAUAAAGGUCUGUUCCAUCUGGAAAUUUGUGUGGGGCCCAUCUAUUGUAUGUCACAUCUUACCUGUUUACAUGUAUAUGUAAACACAACUCCUAAUUACAUUAACACUAUUUUAUUUUUAUGUAUUUAAUAUAAAUUUAACAAAAUACUGUUAAUGUAAUUAGGAGCCAUUUCGAGCAUGUGAACAGAUCAGAUGUGCCAUACAACAGACGGACCCCACACCCAAUUUCCAGAUGGUACAGACCUAUGCUCCUUUCUCCAUUCCUCCCAUUUUACCAUUUGGUACCUUCCCUUCAAUCUAACCUUCAGAUUAUGAUUAUGAUAAACCUAAAUAUCUGAAAGAGUGGCUGGGGAAACCCAGACAGAUGGGUGGGGUAGAAAUAAUAAAUUAUUAUAAUAAGAAACAAAGAAACUUGUUUUUCAAGGAAUAUCUUCUCCCCACUGGCCUCUGUUAUUGGAAAUGAGGACAACAUGCAGUUCUGUUUAGACAUUUUGCAUAUCUGCAGUUAUGACAUAACAAACCAAACAGAAACUCCUGCCUCAGUAGUUCUCAGUGUGAAAGUGCAGCAAGAAGGAAUUGCAGCAGGAAUGGUAAACACACUUGUGUUUGACUUUAGAUACUCUCCCCCUCUAUUUAAAUAAAUACAUGGGGUGAGAUCCAAAGAGCCACCAAAUUAGUUCUGUGCCGCCAAAGAAGCUUGUUUCUCAAACAGCUCACUCUGCCACACAACAUACCACUUUUGAAAUUGAGGGGAAUUUCAAAAGCAAUUUGCGAUAUUGUCAAGUAUGGGGAAUGGUUGUCAACAUUCUCCCUAGGCACUCCCUGGCCACUCAGAAUUUCUAAGGUAUUUAUUUAUUUGGUUCCAUGCAAUGGUCAGGGACAACAGAACUAAUAGCCCUACAACAUCACGAGGGUCCCAGGUUCCCCAUCACUGCCCUAGGACCAGGUGCCUAAAUGUGAAGAUUUAGUAUCAUAAAUAACAUUAAUGUGGCUUUAUCACCCAUGUCUUUCUGGCUUUAGAGACACCAUUGAUGUAUGAACAAAAGUGCCCCGAAGGAAGCCAUCUAUACCAGGCAGCAAAAUAAAUAAAUAAAUAAAUUCUGUACCUGCCACCCUGCCUGUUGUAGGUGCUGCUGCUGCACUUUCCCCACCAGUCAAUGUUUAUGGCUUCCCCACCACCACCAACAAAAAACCAUCAUAGCUAAAAACGUCCCUUUAGACUUGGGACGGGCAUUUACUGAAGCAAUUACCCCAGACUGCAGUAUGCACCAUCCAUCUGAGAACCCAGAGGUGGCAUGGAUUCUUCAGGGCACUAGCAUGCAGCUGCAAACCCAGUGUCUGCCCUAAGUAAGCAGCUGCACAGACACAACAUCACUCCUGUCCCAGCACUUCAUGCUGCAAUAUCUGCUGCUUUUUUAUGGAAACGAGCUGGAAUUACAAAUGGACAGUUCUAUUAUUUUUUAAGCGGCUCCCCCCUGCUCUCCUUUCUUAUAGAAGCACUGAAGAUAGGAUUCCUCCCUUCUGCCCCCAUCCCCUUGAUUUCAAGUACUGAUAGAAGAGAGUUCUGAUCUCUUUUGUUCCAUGCAGGUACGAGAAUAAAUAUGUGAAAUUCUUCAAAAGCAAACCAGACCUGCCUCCGGGCCUGAAUCCAGAGGUCAACACCCCGGUGGCCAGGCAAGCUUCAAAAGGACCAGAAAGUGGUGAGAUAGGUCUCUCCAAGACGGCCAAGAGGAACCUAAAACGCAAGGAGAAGAGAAAGCAACAGCAGGAGAAAGGGGAUCGUGAUACAGAUGACCUGAUCCAGUCAUUAGAGAAAACUACCUUGUCGGUGACACCAGGCAGCAGUGGGGAUGCUAAGCUGGCUGUCCCCGAUGGUAGCACAAGGCCCCCUGCAGGCAGCGGCGAUUCCUCAUCUGCCACAGCCAACUUGGAGAAGAACAAGAAAAUAAAAAACGUGAAAAAGAAAUUGCGGCAGGUGGAGGAGCUGCAGGCACGGAUUGACUCUGGGGAGAUCAAGCAACCGACCAAAGAGCAGUUGGACAAGCUGGCUCGAAGGAAAGCUUUGGAAGAGGAACUCGAGGAUCUGGAGUUGGAUUUGUGAGGGGUUGGAAUUUCCACCGGACAUAGUGUGCAUAGGAACAAACCGUCCCCAGGGGAACAUUCUGAGAACUGUGCAACACACAGACCAGAAGAAGCUGUCUUCAGGCUCUUCCUUUGUACCUUUUAUUUUAUUUUAUGUUGGGUGCUGUCUGAAUUUUUAAAAGUAUUUCUCCCAGCUAUUGAUGUGUUAGAUACCUGAGGACUCUAAAACCUAUUUGCCACCCUCCUUAAAUUUCCUCCUAGUCUCUUCCUCCCUGUUGAGGUGGGUGGCUUGGAAUGUCAUGGCACAGGGGGGUGGCUUUCAGAGGAACCUGAGUGGGUGGAGUGUCCCCUAUCUUCCUUCUCCCUGCCCCUGUAUAAUACUCAACACCUUUAUGUUCUCUGUAGUGGCCACUCCACCUCCCAUCUUCUCUUCUUCCUCAUUUUUAAAAGAGAUGCAAUAAUAAAAAUUGCAGUAGUGAUCUCUGCGUCUAGGAUGUUCUUCCUCCCUUUUAAUCCAAGCAGACUCUUGGUCUAAAGCUUGGGUUUUUUUUGUUGUUGUUUUUUUUAAAAGCUUCUCCGUGGUAGCAAUACUUGUAUACCCUUCCCUUUUUUAAGCAGGCAACUCAGUUAAACUAUUCUUUUGGGUGGCAAUUGUGAAAAGGGUAAAUUCAGUGUGAGGGGUUGAAAAUGAAGCUGCCAAUAUUGUAAUGUAUUUAUGAAAAUCUAUGGUGUAAGGUAAAGGACCCCUGGACAGUUAAGUCCAGCUUUUCUGGGUCAUGUGGCCAGCAUGACUAAACCGCUUCUGGCGCAGGAACACGAAGACGUGUGCCGGAGCGCAAGGAAAUGCCGUUUAUCUUCCCGCCAAAGUGGUACCUAUUUAUCUACUCACGGUGGUAUGCUUUUGAACUGCUAGGUUGGCAGGAGCCUGGGACAAAGCAACGGGUGCUCUCUAUGGUGUAACCACAUUUGGGACACUAGUUUCCACAUCUCCCGAAGGAUACUGUGGAGCUGGGAAAGGUAUGGAAAAGGACAACCAAAAUCAUGAGGAGGCUGCUCUACUUCCCCUGUUACAAUGCUGAGAAACUUCUGGCCCACCAUAAAUUGGACUACAAUUCCCCUCAUUUCUGACCAUCACUUGCUGGCUGGGGCUGAUGGGAGUUUGGGAUCCAUCAGCAUCUGAAGGGCAACAAGUUCCCUAUCCCUGCCCUAUGAGGAAGUGUCAAAUGCAGAGAAAAUGGGUUAGAGACCUUUUUCUUCCUCAUAAUACAUGAGCCGAGUAUCAUUCGAUGAUAUUGAUUGGCAGUAGAUGAAAGGACACAUUCAGGAAAGGAAUUCCAUGCCAUGUGUAGAUUUAUGGACUUCGCUGCCACAAGAUGUGUUUACGACCACAGGCUUAGAAGCUUUUAAAAGGGGAUUAGACACAUUAAUGGACUUGUCAAAGCAUGAUCCCUUUGAGUUAUGGACCUGCUUUUCUGCUCAGCUGUGUUUAAUGUUGCAUUUUGGACUGACAGCCUUAGUACAGCCUCUGUUCAUGAGCAAUGAGCUGAAGCUCUCAAAAAGCUAGUAGCACUGAGUUAUCCACCCAUCCCGAACUAAAACACUGUACAUUGUUCCUCUGCUAAUCAUGUUCUCUCCCAGCAAACAAAAGCAGGGCUGGGAAACCUUCAGUCGGAGGGCCGCAUUGCCUUGUGGAGGCCACAUGCCAGUGGCCGGCAGGCCCAGAAGCAAGAGUGUUUAAAGCAGGCUACCUCAACCUCAGCCCUCCAGAUGUUUUUGGCCUACAACUCCCAUGAUCCCUAGCUAGCAGGAGCAGUGGUCAGGGAUGAUGGGAAUUGUAGUCUCCAAACAUCUGGAGGGCCGAGGUUGAGGAAGCCUGCUUUAGAGCAUUGGAUGAAAAUAUUCCUUUCGUUUCCACACACAUUUCCCCCUUUUAUGUUCUCACGCAGCCAAGCAAGAAGCAUCAGAGUUCAAUUAUGCAUUCUAGACAGGCAAAAAUGCCCAGGGAGGUUUGCAAAGCAGGGCUGGGGCGGGUAUGGUCUGGGGCAGGGGGCAGCAACCUUUUCCAGCCGUGGGCCGGUCCACCAUCCCUCAGACCUUGUGGUGGGCCAGACUAUAUUUUUUUUGGGGGGGGGAAUGAAUGAAUUCCUAUGCCCCACAAAUAACCCAGAGAUGCAUUUUAAAUAAAAGCACACAUUCUACUCCUGUCAAAACACCAGGCAGGCCCCACAAAUAACCCAGAGAUGCAUUUUUUCUACUCAUGUAAAAACACACAGGCUGGAUUGAGAAGGCGAUUGGGCCGCAUCCAGCCCCUGGGCCUUAGGCUGCCUACCCCUGGUCUGGGGAGAGGCCUGGAAGGGCACAUUUUACCCCUGGGCUUGAGGUUUGCCAUCCCUGCUCAAAAGACAAGAGGUUGGAUAAUGAGAAAAUAGGAUUCCAUGUCUUGCUCUUCGUUGUCACUGUCCAGCAGGUGGCACCAGAAGGUCUUAUUAGUGGUGCAACAUCCCAAUAUAGUAUAUUCUAUUACUAGAGUGUUGAGCUAUUUUGCCCUUCCUGAACCCCUCCCUAAGUACAGUAGGGGGAGGUAGUAAAGGAUCUCUACCACCCCCUUUUUUUAGCCAAGAGGUUGAAAUGUCAGUGUUGGUUGGCAGAUUCUGUAGCUGUCUUUUUAGGUCAGUUUGGCUGGCGGUGGAUUUGGGGAGUAUAGCUGACCUAGUUCCCAUCCCAGACUCUUGAUUAUUUUCCACCCAUUAGCAUCACCACCCAAUCUUCCAGGGCACUCCAUGCUCCAUAUUCCUCAGGAUCAUUACAAGUGCCAGUCACUGAGAUCAUGGCUGAGAAUAAAACGGAAAUUGCACCAGUGUGG